AGAAUCCAAGAUGGCCGACUCCCAAGUGCGCGCCUUCUACGCCGGAAAGAACUUCUUCAUCACCGGCGGCACUGGCUUCGUAGGGCUGUGCCUGCUGGACAGGAUCCUGAGGAGUCUACCUGACGCUGGCAAGGUGUACCUGCUGAUGCGGCCGAAGAAAGGGAAGAAGAUUGAGGAACGGCUUGAGGAGUUUCCGAAGAAUCCGAUCUUCGAAACUCUCCUCAAAACCAACACGCCCGACAUCUUCAAGAAACUAGUCCCCGUGGCCGGCGACGUCGGGGAACCAAACCUGGGACUCAGCGCUGAAGACCGUCAGCUGCUGGUCGACAAUGUCAACGUCAUCAUACAUUCGGCUGCUACGUUGGAUUUUGAGGAGGGCUUAAAGCCGACAGCGAGGAUUAAUGUUCUUGGGACGAGAAGAGUGAUGGAGCUGGCUGGGCAGGCUAAAAAUUUGAAGGUCAUGGUCCACGUAUCAUCAGCGUACGUCAACUCCUACCUCCACGAGGCUAGAGAAAAGCUUUACGACGCACCAGAAGACGUCGAACAAGUCUUAGCCUUAGUCGACACCCUUUCUGACGAAGCCCUUUCCGUUGUUGAACCAAAACUGUUGAAAACACAUCCAAACUCUUACACUUUCACUAAGCAUUUAGCUGAACAUGAGGUCGCGAAGUAUGCUGACAAAUUCCCGUGUACUAUAGUGAGACCUAGUAUGAUCGUCGCUGCUUGGAAAGAGCCGGUUCCCGGUUGGACCUGUUCAAAAGUUGGGCCUCAAGGUUUCCUAAUGGGUGCCUCAAAAGGCGUUGUCCGAAGACUGCCGCUAGCUGUCAAUAACAUCGCGGAUUAUAUUCCUGUAGAUGUAGUGGUUAACGAACUGUUGGUAGCUGGUUUUCAAUCUGCAAAAUCUAACACAGGUCUGCUUGCUAUAUACCAUUGCACUUCGUCAACUCAAAAGCCUUACCGCUGGGCGAUGCUUGAAGAUACUAUUAAUGAAACAUUACACAAAUACCCGUUGAAAAGCGCCGUUUGGUAUCCGCAUCUCAAAUUCGUCAAUUCCCUCCUAAUGUUCAGAAUUUCCGCCAUCUUUGUCCACUUCAUACCAGCAAUUCUCCUAGAUUUGCUUUUACGUGUGACAGGAGGCCGCCCUAUCCUGUUUAGAUUACAUAGAAACGUUUGGAACUCUCUAAACAGACUUGAAAAGUUUAUCUUUACUGAAUGGAAGUUCCACAAUACUAAUUCUAUUGAGCUAGCUAGUAAAAUGAAUAGCACUGACAGUAAGGUGUUCUAUAUAGAUAUAUCUGAUAUUGAAUGGAGAUCUUACUUUACCGCUUUGCAUUUGGGUGUAAGAAGAUAUCUAAAUCGUGAGAAAGAAUCUACUUUAGAGGCAGCGAGAGGAAAAGAUACUAUAUUGCUGGUGCUUCACGUAAUUUGGCAGCUUUUGAUAAUUUAUCUUUUCUGGUAUAUCGUAGCUUGCUUGACUGGUUUAACCAUGACACAAAGUGCGUGGUGUGUGCCGGCGUUAUAUAUUUUAUACAGUUAUUUAUAGACUG